UCUUUGUAGUUUAUACGUGUAAAGAAGCGCGAAGGAAACUCCAUUCGCCUUUUUGUUGCAGCAUCUAAGAUUUAAGUGGACAGAUUGAAUAUGGAAAGCGGAGCCUAUCCAGAAAGUGUACGAGAGAUGAGUCGUCUUCUUCAGGAAGCCGUUUUGACCCAAGAUGCCCCUACACCUCCAGAAUCCCCCAACCAUUCGCCUGCGGUAACGCCCACGCCCUGGCAUCAAAGUUCUAGCCUGGAGGGCACCCAAGAUGAAAAGUGCGCUCCUCGAGGGAGUGUUGAAGGGGGAUCUGUCGUAGGAACAGAAAGUGGUGGCGAAUUGGUAGGAGACAAAGGUGGGGGUGGAUUGGGUGACGUGGGCGUCAUUCGAGGCGAUGGUGAUACGGGCGGUACGAGUGAGGGUGGCGCGGAUUGCAGUGCGCGGCUCGCCAGCUCUCCGUCCCCAUCCACAGGUCCCGUCAGUCUGUCGCAGAUACUGGCAAGGCCAGUGUAUACAGUGGGCGCCUCUCUGCCGUCAACACUCGCUUCUUCACUCGCGGCCACCUCCUCCUCCUCCUCCUCCUCCCCCUCCUCCUCCUCCUCGCCUUCGUCCUUAGGCGCCUCUACCACUGCCUCCUCCUCCAACUCCUCUUCAAACAAUUCUUCUUCUAACGCCUCCCAGUCACAACCAGCCCAUACUACAUCCAGUCCGACGCCCGCCCGCGCCCAUCCUCAGGGCCCACGGGCGGCACAACCCUCAUCACCCAUGCCGGUGGCCGUCAUGGGCAAUGGCACGUCAGGCCAGACUGGCGGCCACCAUCAUCAUAACCACCACCAUCAUGGGAAUACCUCCGGGGGCGCCCUCCCUGGAAAUGGGCGUGCCGUGCCCAAACCAGUGUACCCAGAGGACUACAAUUACUUGAAAGGUUUAGUGCCAGAACUUAAAUCCGAUGUGCGCGAACGUGACCUCAAGAUUGACCUGCUGGAGGCGGAGACCCUCGACCUCCGUCGCCAGCUCAAAAGAAAGACCGAAGAAAUGACGAAGCUGCAGAGGGAAGUUCACAAGUUAAAGAGCGUCCUGCAGCAGCAGGCCGUGAGGUUUCAGGAGCAGGGCGACCUGCUGGCUAGCCUCAAUGAAUACUCCGGCCAGGGGUCUAUGAUGAAGAAGCAAGGUGUCUCCGGAGAGUCUUGCUUCCAAAAUAAGACGGCUGAGAAGAUCCACAUCCAGAGAUUCGAUAAAGAUUUCAGAUCAAAACAACUAAUUAAGGAUGCCAUUAUGGACAAUGACUUCCUCAAGAACCUUGACUCCAGCCAAGUCAGAGAGAUCGUCGACUCAAUGUACCCCCAGGAAUUCGCUGCUGGGUCCUGGGUCAUCCGGGAGGGGGAUGUUGGAUCACAUCUGUACGUCUCCGCGGUAGGCGAGCUUGAAGUCGUCAAAGACGGCGAGAUCCUGGGCAGAAUGUCCUCUGGCAAGGCGUUCGGAGAGCUGGCCAUUUUGUACAACUGCACACGAACUGCCAGUAUCAAAGCUGUGACCCACGCGAAGGUGUGGGUGCUGGACCGUCGAGUGUUCCAGCAAGUGAUGAUGAGAACUGGCCUCAAGAGGCUGGAGGACAACAUCAACUUCCUUUCUUCCGUCCCGCUCCUGCAUAACUUGAAUAAGGACCACCUCUCCAAGAUUGCCGACGCCCUUGAAGUGGACUUUUAUGCUCCGGGAACAUACAUUAUACGACAAGGCACCAGUGGAGAUUCCUUUUAUAUCCUACGUUCCGGCAAAGUUAGAGUCACCCAAAGAGUCCCUGGUAACGGAGAAGAGGAGGAGAUCCGGGUCUUAGAUAAGGGAAGCUACUUCGGCGAACAAGCCCUCCUGAAGGAAGAAUGCCGUACUGCCAACGUCAUCGCUAUGGCACCUGGAGUAGAGUGCCUUACCUUGGACAGAGAGUCUUUCAUUCAACUUAUCGGCGAUCUUUCGGAGCUUCGUGAAAUAGACUACGGUGACGAAUCACGAGGCGUAUCAAGACCUACUACUACACCUCACAAUAUUGAUGCAGUAGCUGAAUAUGCAUACAUUCGACUUGAUGACCUGGAUGUCAUAGCAACACUAGGAGUUGGAGGCUUCGGACGAGUGGAGUUGGUGCAGUAUGCUCAUGAUAAGACUAUGACAUUUGCCUUGAAGUGCCUUAAAAAACAGCACAUUGUUGAAACGCAGCAACAGGAACAUAUCUAUUCAGAGAAGCGAAUUAUGAUGUCUGUCCGCAACCCUUUCGUUGCUAGGUUGUAUAAAACAUUCAGAGAUAACAAGUAUGUAUACAUGAUGAUGGAAGCUUGUCUUGGAGGAGAAGUCUGGACUAUUCUCAGGGACAGAGGUUGGUUUGAUGACCACACAGCCAGGUUUUACACAGCUUGUGUUGUAGAGGCACUAGAGUAUCUCCAUAACAAGAAUAUCAUCUAUAGAGAUCUUAAGCCUGAAAAUCUUUUGUUGGAUUCCACAGGUUAUGCAAAACUGGUUGACUUUGGAUUCAGCAAAAAACUUGGUGCCAGCAGUAAAACCUGGACAUUCUGUGGUACUCCAGAGUAUGUAGCACCAGAAAUCAUCCUCAACAAAGGUCAUGACAAGGCUGUUGAUUACUGGUCCAUUGGUAUUCUUAUGUAUGAACUUCUAACAGGAACACCGCCAUUUACUGCUUCAGACCCAAUGAAGACAUAUAACAUUAUCCUGAAAGGUAUUGACAUGGUUGAUUUUCCUCAACACGUAACAAGAAAUGCCAUAUCAUUAAUCAAGAGACUUUGUAGAGAAGCACCUGCAGAAAGACUCGGUUAUCAAAGAAAUGGUAUUCAAGAUAUCAAGAAACACAAGUGGUUCUUGGGCUUUGAUUGGGAUGGUCUGCGAGCAAGAUCUCUCCAGCCUCCAAUUACUCCAAAAAUAAGAGGACCUACAGAUGCCAGUAACUUUGACUCCUACCCUCGUGAUGUUGAAGUUCCUAGUGACGAGCUCAGUGGUUGGGAUCUAGAUUUUUAAGAAUUUACUAUGUAAAAUUGCACUUUCAAGUUGAGAGUAAACUGCAAAAGUAAAUGUGACGUAUUUAAUAUUUCACACAAAGUAGUACAGCAUAGCUUUCACAGAGAAGUGGUACUUUUAGAUUAAAAAGAUUUUCAAUUUUUAUUUGAAAUUAUUACAGAUACAGUAAUAAGAAAUGUUUAUUGCGCUUAAGGUACAUUGUGUGAUGAUCUUGACAUUGCAAUAUUCACUUUGAAAGCUUGCUGAUGUUUUGAAGGCAAAUAUAUACCAAUGAAAAGAUGGGCCCUAUGCUACCUUAAUGUUAUCUUGGUAUCUGGACUAGAUGAAAGUGUGAAAAUUUCUUAUUAGGAAAAACUUUUUUUUCUCUCUGAAAUAACCAUCUAAUGAUAAAGCUGACCUCUUGAACACUUUCAUACAAACUUUAAAAGUAUUUGGUCCUGGAAUGUUGCUCGAAAUGUUUGAAGUUUUUUUAAAGCAUCACCCUUAUUUAUCACACAUUAUAUAAUACAGUACUUGAUUUGUCCAAGGCCAUUUUCAUUAUAACACUGAUAUUUAUGUAGUACACUUUUAUACAUUACAGUAUGUAAUUGUAAAAUUGUGUGAAAACCAGAGUACACCAACAUCUGUUUCAAACUGGUAGUUCAUUUAGAGAAGUCCGUAACAUGAAUGACUAUGUACAUUUGUAAAAAGAUGUAAUAUUCUCUUUGUAGAAUAAUAUAUACAGCAUUAUGCUGUAUGUGUAUGACCUUAGGUUUUGUCAUGUCAUUAUACUGUAAUCGCUUCAUAAUGGUGCCUUUUGAAAGACUCUCAAUUUGAGGAUCUGACAUUUUUAGUCAAUGUAUUAAUUUUGAGGUCUUUUAAACAUAUUGUUCACAUAAUGAUUUACAAACAAGUGCAUAAUUUUCAGCAUAGUUUCAUGUACAUCAUUGUAUAUGAAAGUCUCUUGGCAGAUGCAAUUUCAAUUGUUUUUUUUUUUUAAUGGAGGGAACUUUGGCAUUUGGAUAUCAAAAUGAAGAUGAAACAUUCUUUAGCAUUAGCACAGCUUUAUCUGAAUACUGUAUUUUCAUGGGUAACCUCAUUAAUUAUUUACUUGUUGUAACCCAGCAAGCAACAAUGCUCAUUUGCCUUUAAAAGUAUGUUGAAUGAAAUUACUUCAAAUGCAUUCAAAUCAAAUUAAUUGGUCCAACAAUAGGUUUAAAGUUUAUUGUAUUUCAACUAUAAAGUGAUCACUGGGAAAUAUUCCGGUUUAGGUGCUGGAUAUAAAAGCCAUGAGCAAUUAUCCUGUAGGACUUAGCCUAAAAGACUAAUUUCCAUAAGUGACAGGUACACAGCUAGCUUUCCUCAGGUAUAUAUGACAUUAGGCACUCACCUCUAAAUGUGAAGAAUGCAUUCCUGUGCUUGAUAUUUAAUUAAGUUACAUGCCUUAAUCUUUUAUGUGAUCACUGACUGAACUUAAUAUUGCAUUGCUAUUUAAAAUAAUAAUACUUUACACUAUUAAAAUUCAGUAUUUAAAUUUGAAAGAUGUGAGGAAUAGCUUUUUAAAUACAGUAUACAGUAUACGUACUGGUAUUUAUAUUGCUCCAAACAGUUCCUAUUAGUACAUGAAUUAUAUUACUGUACUUUAAGCUGAUCUUGGCAAAAGACUGAGCACAUUUCACAAUUUACAUAAACCAGUAUUCAUUUCACCAUUUUUCAGACAUGUCUUCAUGAUAUGUAGUUAGUAUGCAUUUCAUGGUCUGCUAAUAGGAAAUUUCUCUCCUAUAAGCAUAAAACUGCCUAAUUACUUAAAAAAUACAAUAUCUUUGUAGUUCCUGAAUUUUAACAGAAACUUUGUGAAGUAUAGUACAUAGUGCAAGUAUUUUUCAGGGAACUAAGAGGAAUUAUAACUUGUUGGUUACUUAUAAUAAUACGUGAAGAAAUUUAUUGAAAGUUUAUAAAGUACUUGUUUUAUUCAGGUUUGUGAAAUAAAUCUGAAAUUCUACCAUUUAAACUGAUUUGUUAGAUGUAUUGCACUUUGCAUAAUGGUACGUAUUAAUUUUUAAUUUAAAUGAUGCUUUUGGCAUUGGGUGGUGUUAAAAUUUAUAUCUUCAGGCAUUGUGGUCUGGUUAACUUAUCUUCAGUGGAUUUAAAGCUGCUCAGCAUUAGUUUGAACUACUGUAACAUGCAAGGGUCCUGCCAGCUACUGAAACUUUUAUCUGUAAUUAAUGAUGCUUUUUAUCUAUUCAUAUACAGGGUUUGCAAAAGUUUGUGUUACAAAAUCAAUACAAUUAACUCUUCAAAACAGAGUUAUAAAUCCAGUACACUAUUAAUGAUUAUACUGAACCAUACUUUGGAAUGUAUAUUAGAUAUGGGGUUAGGGACAGACUGUAAUCCUUUAAGACACUGCAAUUUAUGCUUAAUUUUUCUCACAAGAAAUUAAUUUUCUCUCAAGAAGUUUGCUGGAAUUUGGAUGACCAUUACUAUUCACUCCUGAACCAAUCUCUAUUUCUUGGUGAUUUGUAAAUACCAUUUAUCAUAAGACUGGUGCUUAUUAAAUCAUGUCAAUCUCACUUCACAUUGACAAACUAGUGCACUUAGUAAUUUUCUCAUAUGUAUAUACUGUACUGUAUUGUCAUUAACUGUCCACUUACUUUAUAGUUCAAGAAAUCAUGUUGAUUUUUCACUCUUUCAUAUAUGCUUAGUUACACUUAAUGUUGUAAUAUAUUAUACUGCUUGUGGUGAUGUAAAUUUCAUAUUUAUACAGUUUGAUAAAACAAGCCUCUGUUUUAACAUUUUGUUAAUUAUUUCUGUACAGCUUGAGGUUCAAAUAAGUUUUACUUAUCUUGUUUAAUCAUAAUUACAUUUGACAGUGAAUACAUUGAUUGCUGAAUAUGUUACUAAAACAAUAUGUUUAUGUUGCAUAAUGUCAAAAUUCUACACAUCAAAUGUUUGCUUAAUGACAAAAUUUUACACAUCAAAUGUCAAAUCUAAAUACAAGAGAACAAUUUAAAAAUUAUCACAAGAAAAAUCUUCAACCCACUCUUUGUUCCUGAAUUUUAGACUGCCCUGUUCAAUCUACGUGAUAAUACACUUUCAACUCAAAUCUUAAGCAUCUUCCACAAAAUCAGAAUUGUCUCGUGAGUUUUCAGCAAACUCAGGAUUUUAAAAAAUUCUUUGCUAAUAGAUUUUCUGUUUGAUUAAAUUUCUUUUCACGAUUAUUUAACUAGAAAUCCAAGGAUGUCAAUCAAAUUUAUGUAACAGGGCAAUCCAAGGUUCUCAGAGUUAGAGAGCAAAAACUUUGAGUGUAUAAGAUGUUGAAAAUAGCCAAAGUCACUUUUGCACAAGAUAAGCUUUAAGGAUGUGUAUGUUAGGAUAAUUAAUAUGCAUUUAAUUUUAGUGCAGUGUUAUAUUCUAUGGUUUCAUUGCUAAUCAUUUUAAGAUAGAUGGAUCACAGCAUCUAUGUUUAUUGUGUCCUGGAAAUGUAAGCCUUAUUUGUUUCAGAUCCUCCUUUCUCCUGCAAGUUUUGAGUUUGUUUGGAUCUAAAAUCACUCAUUGUAAAUACUAUAUUAAAAUUAAUAAUACCCUUGCACUUACUAUAACUGUAAGACUUCCUGACAUUUGAGCUGCGAAACAUAUACAGUAGCAGUCACAAAUUGUGGAUAAGUAAAUUCUUGCUUUUUUUUUUUUGUAUGGUGUGAAAUUCCUCUCAUAAGUGACAACAUGAGAGCGAAAGCCUUUAUAAGAAUUAUCAGUAGAAUGUAAUUAAACCUUUGGUUUUUCAAUACAUAUUACCGUCUCGCCUAAACUCACUUUAAAUUCUUAUACUAUGUACUCACAGGAAAUGACCUUCACAUGAUAACAUGUUUUGACCAUUUUGAAUAAAAUAAUUUGAUUAAAUAAGAAAUCACCACAAAGAAUAAUGUAAUCUUUUUUAACAGUAUAGUAAACAAUAUCACACCAGUAGCUCUUGUAUGACAAUCACACAGAGUCUGUUUCCCCAUAGUCUUUUCUAAUAUUUGAAUCCUUUAUACAUCCUCCUUAAUCAUUACAUUUGUCUCUCUCCAACCCUCAUCCUAGUUUGGUAUGGAAGCAAUCUUGAGGAAGAAUUCCCAAUUCAUGUAGUACAGUAUGUCUAAGAUUAUACUGGUGCUAAAUAAUACUACAGUUCAUACAGUUCCCCAUAAAAAAUGCAGUUAUCCCUUACUCCCAUGACUGCCAACAUUCAAAUACGUAUAUUUCUUCCCAAGUAAAUUUACCAGCAGUUCACUGACCUUCAGAAAUCCUAAUCACCAAAUUAUAAUACAGUUACCAUUCAAAUAAUCUUUCAAAUAUGGUAGUUUCCAGUGUAGCUUUAAGUAUAUCAACCUCAUGGGAAACUUAACAUCAAAUUAACACUUUACAAGUAUGUGAGUACUGAAGUUCCCAUUUCUAUUUUAUUAGCAAAUUAAAAUUCCCCCCAAAAAAAAAUAUAAUAUUAUAUAUAUAUAUAUAUCAAUAUAUAUAUAUAUAUAUAUAUAUAUAAUAUUAUAUAUAUAUAUAUAUUUCCACUUUAAAAUUCACUAGCGGUCAAAUUACCUUUCAGACACCCCAUGGGCAAUAUAGUUUCAAAGAACAAGGUUCUCGGUAUAAAUUCAUCUGAAAUUGGAUGAAAUAUUUAAUAUCCCAUUAGUAUUUCAUCAGCAGUUGUGGUCUUCAUUUAUCCUGCACAGCUUGAUAAAUUCUACCAAGAAGCAUAGGAUUCUUCAGAUACCUUAUAGAAUAUAGAAUAUUUGUAUGCCCUUGUAAAUUCUUUUGUUCACACUAACCUCACCAGCAACCAAAUUGCUUAAAAAACUCCUCGUUAGGUCACUGUAGUGUUAGUGAAAAAUGGUACUUGAACAUAGACCUUAUUGUUUCCCUGUCUUUCAGAAGUUUUAAGAGUUACAAUGGCUUCAUUUAAAUCUGGUUAAGAUUUAAGUACAUUCAUUUGUAUGAAUAAGGAAACGCUUUACACAUGUUCACGUUCAAUAGCCAACCUAGCCUAUUUAAAGCUUCAGUUCUAGUACAUUUUAGGUAAGUACUGUUAGUAUAUAAUGCCAGAAAUACAUUUAGGCAUCUUGCAACGUUUUAGUACACUUUUCUUAAUAUUCAUUAAUUGUGCUUUGCUUCUAUUCAUUGGAUUGAAAACAGUAUUAAGUUGAAUGCAAAAUGUCACUGGUAGUUUUGUGUCAAAAAAAAUUUUUUUUAAUAUGCACAGUACCUGUAUACAAGUGUUCGAUAAACACACUAUAAAUAAAAAAGAUUGUUUCACAUGAUUAAUCCACAACACCAAACUUGAAAAAUAUAAUCUUAUAAAAAAGUAAAUAUGAACAAGUUUCUUGAAAAUACUGUUGUUAGAAUGCUUUAAAAUGGUGCAUAAUUAGUAUUCAGUGACUGGGUUAAUUUUUCUCUUUUUAAUAAUCUGUUUCAUUUGCAACUUUUCCCUGUUUUAAAUAUAAGCACACUUCACAUUACUACUUAUUUUUGUUGGACUGGACAUUUAAGCACAUUCACCAUGCAAUACAAUUUCUUCAUGAAUAACAGCAUUACUAACUUGUUUAUUUAUGAAAGUUUUGAGAUAUUUUUCUCAUUUCCAUUUUGACAGUUCAGUCUCUCUUGAGAUAAUUCUCAUUUAGAAAUAUAUAACUUAGGAAAGUUUUCUUAAUCUGAUCAAACACACACACACACACACACACACACUCACUCUCUCUCUCUCUCUCUCUCUCUCUCUCUCUCUCUCUCUCUCUCUCUCUCUCUCUCUCUUUUACUUUUCUCACUUUGGGGAUGAAAUAUAAAUGCACUGAAACCUUUGUGCAAUGAUCUGCAUAAUAAUACAUUGUACUCUACUCACAUAGUGGACCUCUCCUGUAAAAUUUUAGAUUAGUCAGUCAUUUUGUACUAGAAACACUUUCUUUUCUUCACCAAUACAAAGGUCAGUUCUGCCGUCCACAGAAUAAAAAUAAAAAAUAGAUACAGACUUGGUCUUUCUUCAAUUUUGGUUUUAGUCUCGUAACAGAAUAGUGUUCUCUGCUGGAAAUUUGUCAGAAAGUGCUACAGAUAUCUUAUGAAAAUAAAAAUAAUACAGUUUCAUACGAUAACUGUAUGUCAAUUUUGCAUCACUGUUAUGCUGAAAACUGCAAAAGUUAAAAAUAUGCUUGGCAGCCAUACAAACCGACUGCUUGCUUAGGAACUGAAAAUUAAUAGACAUUGUAUUAACAUGAUAAACUAUGUAGAAAGUUUUCAGAAGUAAAAAUAAUAAAACACUAUAUAAAAACAUUUUACAGUUGUGUUGGUACACUUACACUCUUUAGAAAAUAUCAGCAUGAUGUUAAUUGUAAAAUGUAUGUGAAAUAUUUCAGUCUAACAUUUGUAAUCCUCAUAAAUUAAUUGAAUUGUAAAUCUAGAAGAACAAAUAUUUUGUGAUACUUGAUGAAUGUAAAUCUUACCCUUCUGAACAAUCCUAAUAUACAUGACGACCAUUUUGUGCCUCUGCUACUGCUGGUGCCUCUGUUCAAGCACUUGCCUGUCAUGAGUACUUAGGGUAAGUAUAUCAUAGCUAUAUAUAUAAAUAUAUAUAAGUAUAUAAACAUAUAUUUUCCCAUGACAUCAAUUACACAGUCAAUUAUAAUGUUCCAUUUAAUUUUUUUUUUUCAUUUUGCUAUUUAUGCUAUGCUAACUAAAUUUGCUAAGUUCAUGUAGAGGUAAGGUUUUCUUUGUUAACUCUUUAUGACUGAGAAGUACUGACUUUAUAUGCAAUUAAAGAUAAGUAACACAUCAAACCCAAUAGUAUUUAACGCAUAACGUGUAUGUAAAUAAAAUUUUGUUGUGCAAGUUUGACGUGUUACUUUUCCAAGUAUAAAAUAAAGGCAUCGGCUUUUUCCCAAGUGAGAAGCCCGUGUAGAUCUACUUGAAUUUGCUGUAUAAAUAUGAUAGCUGUUGUUUUAUUCUUUUUCAAGCAUGCAGAGAAAAAUUUAAAUAAAUAAAUCUAACAGGUGCCUCACUGACCUUAAUGUGUAUGUUACUGUACACCAAAGCUGUACUCUCUUGACCUCAUAUUUAUGCACUGUACAGUAAAUCGGAAAUGAAUAGAAACUGUAUGUCGUGUCAUUAACCACAUACAGUACUAAGUCUGAGUCCUUGCUGUGGUAAAUGAGCACCUGUUACAUAUGUUUUCUCAAGGUUAGUCUUCUCCUUCAUAAACUAUUUUGUAAAGUCCACAUUUAGCUUGAAAUUCAUGUGUUCCUUUAUUUUAAGGAAGUCACUGUUUUACAUAAUUCUACUUCAGGGUGAGGAAUUAUAAGAUAUAUGUCUAGUAUGUCUGAAGUAAUUGUGACAAUUACUUUAAUAAAAGCUAUAUUAUAAA